CAUGGCAGACUACUUGAUCAGCGGAGGCACAGGUUAUGUUCCUGAAGAUGGUUUAACAGCACAACAACUCUUUUCUAUUGGUGAUGGACUUACAUACAAUGACUUCUUGAUCCUCCCUGGUUUCAUAGACUUUACUUCUGAUGAGGUGGAUUUAACCUCUGCAUUAACAAGGAAGAUAACCCUGAAGACACCUCUUAUUUCAUCUCCCAUGGAUACAGUCACAGAGUCUUCCAUGGCCAUCGCCAUGGCAUUGAUGGGUGGGAUUGGAAUAAUUCAUCAUAACUGUACACCUGAGUUCCAGGCCAAUGAGGUGCGCAAAGUGAAGAAAUUUGAGCAAGGCUUCAUUACAGACCCAGUGGUAAUGAGUCCCAGACACACAGUGGGGGACGUUUUUGAGGCGAAGAUACGCCAUGGAUUCUCUGGGAUCCCUGUUACAGAGACCGGCAAGAUGGGCAGCAAGCUGGUCGGCAUAGUCACCUCCAGAGACAUAGACUUUCUGUCUGAGAAGGACCAUGACAGACCCCUAGAGGAGGCAAUGACAAAAAGGGAAGAUUUAGUGGUUGCACCUGCUGGAGUCACACUAAAAGAGGCUAAUGAUAUACUACAACGUAGCAAAAAAGGGAAGCUCCCCAUAGUGAAUGACAGUGAUGAGCUGGUUGCCAUCAUUGCUCGGACUGAUUUGAAGAAGAACAGAGAUUAUCCUCUGGCUUCCAAGGACUCCCGCAAACAGUUGCUAUGUGGAGCUGCUAUUGGUACGAGGGACGACGACAAAUACAGACUGGACCUCCUCAUGCAGGCUGGGGUGGAUGUGGUCGUCCUGGAUUCCUCACAGGGAAACUCAGUGUAUCAAAUCAACAUGAUAAACUACAUCAAACAGAAAUAUCCUGAACUACAGGUAGUUGGAGGAAAUGUGGUGACAGCUGCUCAGGCUAAAAACCUCAUAGAUGCCGGUGUGGAUGCACUGAGGGUGGGGAUGGGAUGUGGCUCCAUCUGUAUCACCCAGGAAGUGAUGGCUUGUGGACGGCCCCAAGGUACAUCCGUGUACAAAGUUGCAGAGUAUGCUCGGCGUUUUGGAGUGCCAGUAAUCGCUGAUGGAGGCAUUCAGACUGUUGGACAUGUGGUGAAGGCACUGGCCUUGGGAGCAUCUACAGUGAUGAUGGGGUCACUGCUCGCAGCAACCACUGAAGCUCCAGGAGAAUAUUUCUUUUCAGAUGGUGUGCGUCUGAAAAAGUACAGAGGAAUGGGCUCCUUGGAUGCAAUGGAGAAAAAUAACAGUCAGAAACGCUACUUCAGUGAGGGAGAUAAAGUGAAGGUGGCUCAAGGUGUCUCAGGAUCAGUGCAAGAUAAAGGCUCCAUCCAUAAGUUUGUUCCUUACCUCAUCGCUGGUAUCCAACACGGCUGUCAAGACAUAGGAGCUAAGAGUUUGUCCAUUUUACGGUCGAUGAUGUAUUCUGGAGAGCUGAAGUUUGAAAAGAGAACCAUGUCUGCUCAGAUGGAAGGAGGAGUCCACGGCUUGCACUCUUAUGAAAAGCGGCUUUACUGAGGGGGGAGGAAGAGGAAACACUCGAUCAGGACCUAGCGUCCCGACCCCAGCAGCUAUGAGCAGAUGCACUGGGCGCAUGUGAUCAAACCACAAACACAAUGCUGUUGUCGUUGCACAACAUCCACACCCUCUCUUGUUCUUGUCUGUCUGAUCUCUGACCCCUUCAAAGAUAGAUGAAACAGCACACUGUAGUGAUGUGGGUAUAAAGUUCAAAAGCGAGUCAGCGGGUUCAUGUCCAUUACAUGAGCUCUUUAUCUGUCUUUAUCCUUCUGUUGCCAUGGUGUAGUGGGGGUAAUGUAAUUAACGGUGCAGUGUGUAACAUUCAGGAGGAUCUAUUGGCAGAAAUUGAAUAUUUACAGGUCUGUUUUCAUUUUUUUUCUCGUUAUUUUAGAAUGAGCUGUUUUUAUCUACAGAGGGAGUGGGUCCUCUUCU